AUUUCCCUCAAACCCUAGCCGUAAUCUUGUGUCUCAGUCGCGCCUUGGCCUGUCUAGUACUGAGGAUCCAAUCAAAUACACCAUUCAGGACCUCGCCUGAUCAUAUAUCAGAGGAUUCUUCAUCCUUCAUCCUUGUGCUUAUAUCAGAAAGAGGGCAUUGAAUUAUCUGAGGAGAAUCCAUGGCUGGUGAUUCAGAUGUGGCUGAAGCAUCUGCUUUGUCCUGUCUUCGUUGUGGCAAGCCUGCCCAUCUUCAGUGCCCCAAAUGUAUGGAAUUGACGCUUCCUCGUGAAGGUGCUGCUUUCUGCACUCAAGAUUGUUUUAAAGCUGCUUGGAGCUCUCAUAAAUCGGUACAUUUGAAGGCAAAGUUAUCGGCGUCAGGGGCAGGUGCUCCUGGUGAAAAAAAAACAGACGGCGCUAAUGAAGGUUGGCUAUAUUGCUUAAAAAAAGGACAAGCUCGAACCUCAAAACUUCCUUAUUUUGAUUGGACAGGGCCUCUGAGGCCAUAUCCUAUAUCUGGCAAGCGAGCUGUACCGGCUCACAUUGAUGUACCUGAUUGGGCAAUUGAUGGAAUCCCGAAAAUUGAGCCUAACAGUGAUCUGCAGCAUGUUGUUGAGAUCAAAACUCCAGAUCAAAUUGAGAGAAUGCGAGAAACCUGUCGAAUUGGAAGGGAGGUUUUGGAUGCAGCUGCUAGAAUAAUACGACCUGGUAUCACAACCGAUGAAAUUGAUAGAGUGGUUCAUGAGGCAACUAUUGCUGCUGGAGGGUAUCCAUCUCCUCUCAACUACCAUUUCUUCCCAAAGUCUUGCUGCACGUCAGUUAAUGAAGUAAUUUGCCAUGGAAUACCUGAUGCCAGAAAGUUGGAGGAUGGCGACCUUGUAAAUGUGGACGUGACAGUGUAUUAUAAAGGUGUACAUGGUGAUCUAAAUGAAACCUUCUUUGUGGGAAAUGUUGAUGAAGAGUAUAAACGACUAGUUCAAUGUACCUACGAAUGUUUGGAAAAGGCAAUAGCUAUUGUGAAACCUGGGAUGAGAUUUCGUGAAGUUGGUGAAGUCAUCAAUCGCCACGCUUCUAUGUCGGGGUUCUCUGUGGUAAAAUCGUAUUGCGGUCAUGGUAUUGGAGAACUGUUUCAUUGUGCGCCAAAUAUUCCUCACUACAGCAGAAAUAAAGCAGUCGGUGUUAUGAAGGCUGGACAGACCUUUACGAUUGAACCAAUGAUCAACGCAGGAGUUUGGCGUGAUCGGAUGUGGCCCGACGGAUGGACUGUAGUUACCGCCAAUGGAAAGCGCAGUGCUGAGUUUGAGCACACUCUCUUGGUUACCGAGACAGGAGUGGAGGUUCUUACAGCAAGGUUGCCUUCCUCCCCAAAUGUGUUCCCUUGGCUAAAUGCCUAGUUGCAAUGCUGCUUCGUUUUUGUGAAAAUUUGCAGGGCAAGAGAUGUAAGGUAGCCCAUUCAGACAACUACACAUAACAGAUAAAAGUUCAUGCAUGUGACUACAUGCUUCUAUUGUUGCUGUUUUGUGGAUGAGAAUGUCAUUGUAACCUAUUUUUAGACAAGUUUCAUUCAAUUUUAGUUUUAAGCUACAACUGUUGCUAGAGGCUGUUAUUCAUGUGUUCCUUGGAAUAAUUUUGUAAUAGUGCCGAAUUUAUCGAAUAA